GAAGGAAGAAUUAAAUAAAACUAAGGAAGAAUUAAAUAGAUUUGUAAAUUACAAAUACUAAAUUAUUAUAUAAUAAUAACUGACACUUAAAUGUUAAUAUGAAGGGAGCCAAAUGUCUGGUAUGGAGGAAUCUGGUUUUCCAAUGAUUCUUAGAGAAGCACUCUUAUUAUAAUACCCUCUUACAAGUUCUCCAAACUUUUACCAAAAGCUCAAAACAAAGACAUCGAAGUUGCCGGCAGUGUCUUCCAUUUGGCUGAGUUCUCUCUUCCAACGAAGCCAAAAGUCUCACCUUUAUUUGUUCUUAAGAACAAUAAUACCACCAGUCUCCAUUACCAUUCAUUACAGAUCCUAAGAAGAAAUUUCAGAAAGAUUUUCAAGAAAAGGGAACUCCACCAUGAACAAUAGCAGUGAAAACAAAAGCAGAUGGAUGAUGAGCCUGCAUUUAAAGGGUCGAAAGGAAAGAGACAAUGAAGAUCUCCAUCUGUUCCGGGAACUGCAUAAGCGCGACAAGGAACGCACUGCCUGCCUUCUUCUGCCUGUCUCCGAUGAGCUUGAGCACAACAAUGGUGGCACUUAAAACUCCAUGAUCUCCACCAUUCAAACCAUACUGAGUUUUGUUGGAUUUUUUGAUAAGGUUAUAUUUAAUCUUGAGUUAACUUUUGCAGGGAAUUCUCCUUUCUACAGGAUUCAAUCGAUCAGGAAAGAAUCUGGAUUUGAACUUCUCUCUGAGGGCAAUAAAAACGAUUUUGAUUGGUAUAAAACUAAUCUUUUCUGCUUCACGAUUCAUUUAAUUGGCGAUCUAAUUUCUGAACUUAUCUUCAUGAAUUGCUGCUUGGUGAAGGCUUAAAACACCACCUGCAACUCCUCUGUUUCCAUCUUUGGAAAUGGAAGCCACUGCUACUCAUAUGAAUUUCCAGAAAGAUACACCACUUGUCCAACCUCUCUCACAGCCACAGUCACAGGUGCGCUUUUUCUGAAUUUUUUUUUCACUACAGAAACAAUCCAAUGUGAAGUGAAAAUCUUUAUUUACCUUCUUCAUCCAAACUCUGAACUCUGAAAUAUCAAAUUGGUUUUAUGACCACAUAAUUAGCUCUUGAUUCUCCUUCAUGGUUUCUCUCACCCCAAUCUCCAUAUAUAUCAAUAAUGUAUCCGUCGAAUCUCAAUAUCUGUCUCACCUCAUUAUAAACUCUCCGUCUCCGUUGUAAUUUUCUGGCCAGGCUUCAAGCAAUCCAGAAACAACAAAGAAAAGCAAUGGAAUGGAGAAAACUCAGACAACAAAACCAAAAAUACCAUCCAGGUUCAUCACUCCCAGUCAUAGACCGCGCAUCAAUUCAUCAACUGAAUCCAAAAACACCAAAAGAACCACUACCCCAACUCCAAAUCCAAACCUAAGAACCAAUCAGGCUCAGGAAAAAUCAACCGAUCCCACGAUCAAAAGAAACAUCAUCAUCAACAGCAACAACAUCAAAUCCAUAAAUCCGAAAGAAAACUGUACGAAUUACCUAACCUCAAACCUCUCCAAAGGAUCGUCGAAUACCACCAAAGCAACUCCGAAUCCGAGAAGCAGAACGACAUCCCCAAUUGUGAGAUCGACAAUAGCAUCUCAAAUUUCAGAUUUUUCCAACGAAACGCCGCCGAAUCUGAGGACCGAUCGGUCGAGCUCGGUGACAAGAGGGCGGCAGGUGGGAACCGGGCAGAGAACAGAGGCGAUGAAUCCCAGAAGGCAAUCGUGCUCGCCGUCGCCGAGCGUGACGAGGGGGCGGAGGGUGGAAGCGAAGCAGGAGAUCAACAGAGGCGGAAAUUUGGGGAAUGAUCAGAGAAGAACGGAAUCGACGAACAUUCUUGGGAGUCGAAUGGUGGAGAGAGUGAUGAAUUCGAGAAAGGGAAAUGGAAUUGAGGAGAGAGAUUCGAAUUCACGGGGACGAAAUGGAAUUGGAAUUGGGGAUUUAGGGUUCAUGUCCAAGAGUUCAGCUUCACCCAAUAAAACGCUUAAGCAAUUGAUUGGAAGAAAAUAAAGCAAGACGAGGGGAGUAAAUUUGAAAUGCACCAACAAGAGAU